GAGGCGUGGGGAAGCUUCCGCGCAUGCGCAAUAGGAUCUGUCUGACCGACCUUCAGCGGGCCCACUACCACCAUGUUCUCCCGGGCGGGCGUCGCUGGCCUCUCGGCCUGGGCCUUGCAGCCGCAAUGGAUCCAAGUUCGAAAUAUGGCAACUUUGAAAGACAUUACCAGAAGACUAAAGUCAAUCAAAAACAUUCAGAAAUUUACUAAGUCUAUGAAAAUGGUAGCAGCAGCAAAAUAUGCCCGGGCAGAGCGGGAGCUGAAACCAGCACGUGUGUAUGGAACAGGAUCUUUGGCUCUGUAUGAAAAAGCUGAAAUUAAGGCACCUGAGAAUAAGAAGAAACACCUCCUGAUAGGUGUAUCCUCAGACCGAGGGCUGUGCGGUGCUAUUCAUUCCUCAGUUGCUAAACAGAUGAAAAAUGAGGUGGCCAAUCUGACAGCAGCUGGGAAAGAAGUUAUGCUUGUUGGAAUUGGUGAUAAAAUCAGAGGUAUCCUUUACAGGACUCAUUCUGACCAGUUUCUGGUGACGUUCAAAGAAGUGGGAAGGAAGCCCCCUACUUUUGGAGAUGCAUCGGUCAUUGCCCUUGAAUUAUUAAAUUCUGGAUAUGAAUUUGAUGAAGGGUCUAUCAUCUUUAAUAGAUUCAGGUCUGUCAUCUCCUAUAAAACAGAAGAGAAGCCUAUCUUUUCUCUUGAUACUAUUGCAAGUUCUGAGAGCAUGAGUAUCUACGAUGACAUUGAUGCUGAUGUACUGCAGAACUACCAAGAAUAUAAUUUGGCCAACAUCAUCUACUAUUCUCUAAAAGAAUCCACCACAAGUGAGCAAAGUGCCAGGAUGACAGCUAUGGACAACGCCAGCAAGAAUGCAUCUGAGAUGAUUGACAAGUUGACUUUGACUUUCAAUCGCACCCGCCAAGCUGUCAUCACGAAAGAGUUGAUUGAGAUCAUCUCUGGUGCUGCAGCUCUGGAUUAAUGAAAAUCAAGUAUCAACCCCAGAUAAGAGGUAAAGAAGGAAAUUCCAGCCAACUGAUUUUUGGUUUUAGUUUACUGCUAUCCUUGUGAGAAGAAGUUAAUUUCUCAAUUAUCUGAAUUAAGGACAGCAAAAUAUUUGUAAAUUAUCUUACAAUAAACAACUUAACAAUACGAAA